AUGGCGGAAAAUGUGCAACACGGGCCAUUUUCUUUGGAAAAGAGAGACAUAGAAAAAGCGCGGAAAGUCGUUGAAAAUCAUGGAGUGAAAGACAUUGUCGAACAUAUGAAAACAAAACUAAAUGAAAUUGAAAACGUCACCGUUAAUAUUGCUGUAGCGGGUGUAGCCGGUUCGGGGAAAUCGACAUUUAUCAAUACGAUUCGGGGUAUAAAAUCCAGGGAUAAAGGUGGAGCAGUGGUAGGCUGCAAAGCGACUACAAAAGAACCGACACCAUACCCUUUUCCAACCAAUGCAAAUGUUACACUUUGGGACAUUCCUGGUUUUGGAACCGAAGGAUUCGAGAGAGAACAUUAUACCGAGAAAGUCAAACUUGAUCGUUACGACUUUUUCCUUAUCUUUACACACAAACGUUUCACUGAGAAUGAUGCGUGGUUGGCUGGAGAGGUCAAACGACAAAACAAGGAACUCUUUCUGGUGCGCACUCACAUCGACGUGGAUAUAGAGACUAUGAAGGAUGAACUCGCUGAAACAUUCGAAGAGUCUAAAAUCCUAGACCAAAUACGAGAAGAUACCAACCAAAAGUUGAAAACAGGGCCAAUUUUUGGGAUGGGAAAGCCGAGAAAAAUUUAUCUAAUAUCCGCCUUAUUAAGAGAUACAAAAAAGUGGGAGUUUGAAAACCUGGUGGAUGAUAUGAAAAAAAUUUUGAAUGGCACCCAACGUCAAGUUUUAUCCCUAGCCCUCUGCAAUCUGUCAGAGAAAUUGAUUAAAGAGAAAUGUGAUGCUUUGAGAGCUCGAAUUUGGCUGGUUGCUGGUGUCUGUGGUGGUGCAGGUGCAAUCCCGAUCCCAAUCGCUGAUGGGGUGGUUUGUGGCGGUAUAUUACAGCGUACAGUUAAUGACUAUAAAACUAAACUCGGAUUGGAUGCUGCUUCGCUUAAACGUCUUUCUGACCAAACUGGGGUUUCCUAUGAAAUUUUAGUGUCGACAGCAGAUCAGUACCUUAAGAUAUCUGUGUCUGCUUCAACCAGCGCCAUAGUUAAGCACUACGCAGCACGUGCUGGCAAAUAUGCCUUGUCUGUUGGUAGUCGCUGGAUCCCCGUCUUAGGCCCGGUAAUUGGCGCCAGUUUAAACUUCGGGACAACAUACGUAUUGUUACAGAAUAUCUUAUCUGACAUGGAAAAGGCUGCAAUACACGUCGUAAAAACUGUGUUGAAGUUCCAUCCCACUUAG